AUGUCGGGGCCUUGGCUCACUUGGAAUGUUCGUGGGCUAGGUGGAACUACGAAGAGGGAGGUGGUUAAAAAGGCAAUUCAGCAUCUGAAACCGGAACUUCUAUUACUACAGGAAACCAAACUAAAUCAGCAUCGACAACAUACAGUUGAACAAUGGGCGAGUGGAUUGCAGAUGCGUCAUGCGGAGGUCCAGUUAGUUGGGUCGGCGGGUGGUCUUAUGUGCUUAUGGAGGGAAAAUAGCAUUCAGGUUCUGUCAGUGGUAACAGAUUCUAACUUUAUUUUUUUGACUGUUAAGCUACCAAACGUGGAACAAACAGUGCUGGUAGGGAAUGCUUAUGGUCCUCAUACUCUGUUGGAGCGUAGGAAUUUUUUUGGGGCUUUAAAUUCUCAUGUUGUCAAUCAUACUGGUUUGGUGUUUUUAGCUGGUGAUUUCAAUGCCGUGUUAAUGGGUUCAGAACGGUCCUCAGGGGGUGUGUUGAACGCUGGUGAUGAGGUAUUUCAACGUUUUGUGCAGGAUACCAACUUAAUAGACUUACCUCUUCAAAAUGGAGAAUUUACUUGGUUCUCGGGACGGAAUGAUGGCUUAUGGAGUCGAUUGGAUAGAUGGCUGGUGUCCGAUGAGGUGCUUCUAUUUUUUACUAAUAUUUCUCAAAUUGUUUUUUCAUGGAAUAUUUCAGAUCACAGGGCGGUUGGCUUGCUGUUUGGCGUGCCUGAUGCUGGACCAAAACCUUUCCAUUACUUCAACCACUGGGCAGAUGAGGAGGGCUUCAAUGAGGUGGUGGAAAAUUGGUGGAGGUCUUCUGUUUAUCAGGGAUGGUCGGGAUAUGUUUUACAACAAAAAUUAAAGGGGUUGAGGGGGAAAAUAAAAGAGUGGAGGAAAGGGAGAGGGGUGUGGGGUGCUGAAAAAAUAGUGUUACUGGAGAAAAAAUUACAGGAGGUGAUGGAGGCCAUGGUUGAUCAGGGGGGGCGCAGAGUUUGGCCCAGGAGAGGAGAGACACUUUGGAAGCUCUAUGGAAGGCUUAUCGCGAUGAGGAAAGAACCUGGAGACAGAAAUCAAGAGUGCGCUGGUUAA